UCUCUCUCUCAAGGUUCCAAAGAACGUGACGUCUUACGUACAUCUCGCGUGUGGAAACCGGGAACAGGCUGUGAACGUUCACCUCUGCCCAAAGUACAAACUGUUGCAAGUUUUAAGCGUGAAUGCAUUGCAGCCAUGUCUGCCAAAAAGGCAAACAACAAGAGGAAGACUGCAGCCAGUGGUGAAGAUGUGGAACAGGCCAAGAAAAUGAAAGUUGUGGUUUCACACAGGAGUCACUGUAAAGAGGUGGGCCAGGUUCUGGUUUUGGGCCAAGGUGAUGUUGGACAGCUGGGCUUAGGUGAGAACAUCACUGAGAGGAGGAAGCCAGCCCUGGUGUCUCUACCAGAGAAGAUGGUGCAGGUGGUGGCCGGAGGCAUGCACACAGUGUGUCUGGGUGAAACUGGUCAUGUCUACACGUUUGGCUGUAACGAUGAGGGAGCUCUGGGUCGGCACACGUCAGAGGAAGGGUCCGAAACGGUUCCUGGGAAGGUGAUGCUGAAUGAGAAGGUGGUCCAGGUGUCUGCAGGGGACAGCCACACUGCUGCGCUCACAGAGGAUGGAUCGGUGUACAUCUGCGGCUCAUUCAGGGACAACAAUGGUGUUAUUGGUCUUCUGGAGCCCAUGAAAACAUGUCCCGUUCCUGUGAAAAUUCCCCUUACAGAACCUGUUGUGAAAAUUGCCUCAGGUAACGAUCAUAUAGUGUUGCUGACGCUGGAUGGAAACCUUUUCACGUUGGGCACAGCGGAGCAGGGGCAGCUGGGGAGAGUACCAGAACAUUUUUCAAACAGAGGAGGCAGGAAAGGCCUUGAACGACUGCUGGUCCCGCAGAUGGUGAAACUUAAUAGGAAAGUUCGCUUCACGGACGCCUUCUGUGGAGCGUAUUUUACCUUUGCUGUUUCUAAAGAAGGAUACGUUUAUGGAUUUGGUCUCUCAAACUACCAUCAGCUGGGCACUCAAAACACCUCGAUGUGUUUUGCCCCAGUAAAACUAACGUGCUUCAGGAACUCCACCACUGCCUGGGUGGAUUUCUCUGGAGGACAACAUCACACACUCUGCCUCGAUGCUGAAGGGCAGGUUUAUAGUCUGGGCAGAGCCGAGUACGGCCGCCUCGGUCUUGGUGAAGGAGCUGAAGAGAAGAGUGAGCCGACUCCUGUGGAGGGCAUAGAGCCGGCGAAAGGAGUGUCAUGUGGAGCUUCUGUCAGCUACGCAGUUACCAGAGAAGGAUCUGUGUAUGCCUGGGGCAUGGGAACCAACCUGCAGCUCGGCACGGGAGAGGAGGAAGACGAGUGGAGCCCAGUGAAGAUGACAGGGAAGCAACUGGAAAAUCGUGAAGUUCUUCUGGCCUCCAGUGGAGGGCAGCACACUGCCCUCCUGGUUAAAGAUAAACAGGAGAGCUGAUGUGCCUCUGACACCAGGAUGGGGAUAGUUUUGGUAAUUAUUGCUGUGGGGGGCCAUGUGCAGGAUGCUCAGAUUGAAUAUUGAGAAUUUUUUCGGCUGUCCGUGCUGAAGGAGAGCAACGUCCAGGAUGCAGAGGAGGUGAGGCCUGGCCUUUUAGCAGAACUGCUUUGUUCUUAAUGUGGAUGAAAUGUUCAUACGACUUACAUGGUAGAUCAUGUAAAAUGAGAGACUAUUUUUUUAAAUGCUUUUGUUUUUUUUGUUCCUUUUGAAUUUUUCAUUUAGUCAUUUUGUAUGACUGAAAGUAUUUAGUGCAUUGAUGAAAGCAACUGUUUGAGAAGGAAGUGAGAAGCUGUUUGACAUUUCUAAAGGCUAGUCUUUUAAAGGAUUUUCUUUAAGCAAUAAUCCGGUUUAGACGGGACAUUCAUAUUCUACGUGUUCAAGAUGUUUAACUACUGUUUGUUUUAUUCAGUGCACAAACACACAAUUGUUGUGACUGUUUGAAAAUGUAAUAACAUUCUGGGUCCUGCAAAAAAUAAAGGUGAUUAUUUUUUAAGA